UUUCUAAUGUUAAGCCUUUAGGAACGCCUACACUUUAAAUUCCCAUGUGGGGGGGCAAAUGUAUUUAGGACUCUCAAAAACUUCAAUAUUAAAGACCUGAAAAUGAGACAUAAAUCUAAAGCAUCAACAUUGGACCAAGAGUAGGCUUAGAAUUGUGUCGAAUGUCCCGUCAGAGGUAGCCUUAUGGCAAUAGCGGGACGAGCGGGAAGCGCGUGAGUGCGUCCUGGACUCGGACUCCGGGGGUGACCCCCAUCGUAUGACUCACGUGCAGAGGCGGAGACUCCAUAUCUAAAUCACUACGGGAGAACUGUCUCUUGUUCAGACCGUCCAACGCGGUGGGAAAAUUAACAAGAAUAAGUCAACAUUACAUUAUAAUUUCAAGACCAAGGCAACGCAAUGUUUACAAUGUGAAGAAAAUGUCCGGGAUAAGUCCAGAUUGGGUGGAGAUCCUGGAGCCACGCUCUCGGGAGCGCAUGUACGUGAACCUGGCCACUGGCGAAUGCGGCUGGGACCCUCCUUUAGGCGCUCCCGUUCGUCAGGCUGACGGCAACCAGUGGUGGGAGCUCUUUGACCCCCAGAGCGGCCGCUUCUACUACUACAACUCCGUGGGACGCCAGACUGUCUGGCACCGACCCCAAGGGGGCGACAUAGUUCCCCUCUCCCAGCUACAGGCUAUGAAGCGCUGCUCUGAGGCCAAGCGGGCCGCGGGAACGGGAGAGAGGGACAGGGAGCCUGGAACAGGUAGACUAGGGAGUACAGGGAGCCGUACAGGGAGCCAGGGACACCGCACCCCUCUUCCAGAGUACCAUGGAGUGGGGAGUACAGACUGCCAGGGACACCAUGGCGUGGGGAGUACAGACUGCCAGGGACACCGCACCCCUCUUCCAGAGCACCAUGGCGUGGGGAGUACAGACAGCCAGGGACACCGCACCCCUCUUCCAGAGCACCAUGGCGUGGGGAGUACAGACUGCCAGGGACACCGUACCCCUCUUCCAGAGCACCAUGGCGUGGGGAGUACAGACAGCCAGGGGCGCCUCACCCCUCGUCCAGAGCACCAUGGAGCAGGGAGCCUGGGGAGUACAGGCAGCCAGAGACACCGCACCCCUCGUCCAGAGCACCAUGGAGCAGGGAGCCUGGGGAGUACAGGCAGCCAGGGACACCGCACACCUCUUCCAGAGCACCAUGGAGCAGGGAGCCUGGGGAGUACAGGCAGCCAGGGACACCGCACCCCUCUUCCAGAGCAUUAUGGAGCGGGGAGUAUAGACAGCCAGGGACACCGCACCCCUCUUCCAGAGCAUUAUGGAGCGGGGAGUAUAGACAGCCAGGGACACCGCACCCCUCUUCCAGAGCAUCAUGGAGCAGGAAGCCUGGUGAGUACAGGCAGCCAGGGACACCGCACCCCUUGUCCAGAGCAUUAUGGAGCGGGGUGUACAGACAGCCAGGGACACCGCACCCCUCGUCCAGAGCAUUAUGGAGCGGGGAGUAUAGACAGCCAGGGACACUGCACCCCUCUUCCAGAGCAUCAUGGAGCAGGAAGCCUGGUGAGUACAGGCAGCCAGGGACAGCGCACCCCUUGUCCAGAGCAUUAUGGAGCGGGGUGUACAGACAGCCAGGGACACCGCACCCCUCGUCCAGAGCAUUAUGGAGCUGGGUGUACAGACAGCCAGGGACACCACACCCCUCUUCCAGAGUAUUAUGGAGCGGGGUGUACAGACAGCCAGGGACACCGCACCCCUCUUCCAGAGUAUUAUGGAGCGGGGUGUACAGACAGCCAGGGACACCGCACCCCUCUUCCAGAGCAUUAUGAAGCCGGUAGCCUGGGGAGUACAGGCAGCCAGGGACACCGCACCCCUCGUCCAGAGCACCAUGGAGCAGGUAGCCUGGGGAGUACAGGCAGCCAGGGACACCGCACCCCUCUUCCAGAGCAGGGUAAGCCUGUCCCCAGAACCCCUGAGACCCCAAGCGAGAGAGAGAUUUCAGACACAGUGGUGGACAGCAGACCAGCUCAGGGAGACAACAGCUCGGACGAAAGCAAGGAGUCACUGAGAGAGCGCUCUCAGAGAUGGCAGCCUUCCCCAGGGUCCAAGGCAGCAAUGUUGGUUAAAGUAAACAGUGUCAGUCGGAUCCAGCCUGGAGGCCCAUCUAGCCCGGACCUGCAGCUCCGCCACCACAACACACACACACACAACAAGCCCAACGGCCACCAGGCCUUCACCCUCCACCCCGUCAGCAGCAAGCCCCCGGGGGCUCACUCCUGCUCCACCCAGGGCUACAAGACCGCGCCCUCUGGCAAGAUGGCCGCGGACGCCCGACAGGCCCACCACUUGAGAAAGACCGGCAACGGCAGCUUCUGUCUGGUGUCCUCUGACCCUCCCCAAACCCCAAGCAGUCACAGGUCCCAGCCCAGCACCCCCAGGUCAGUGUCACCACAGUACGCCUCCACACCUCACCUCUACGACGACCCGGGAAAAGAGUGUCCCAUCUAUGAUGAGCCUCCUGUGGACAUGGAGGUGGAGGGGGCUCACCUCCAUAAUGGGCCUGGUGGUCUAUCCCGUCUCACCCCCACACAUAGCCUGCAAAAGCCCAGGCUCCUCCAGCACCCUGGCUCCUCUAACUCAGAAUCCAGGCACAAGAGGAACCCUUCUGCCUCUGACUACAGCCCUGCUGGCCUGGAGUGCAUCAAGCACAUGGUUGUUGUGGACCCAAAACAGGGCCUCCUCUCCACCUCCCCCGGUCCCACCCGCACCCGCACCCCCUCCCCCACCCCACGAUCAGACCCCCUCUUGGCCCAGCCCCAGUCCCAGCCCCGGGGGCAGCAGAGGGAGCCAGGAACCCUGGAGAAGAAGCAGACAUGGCGAGCCCUGGAGGCCACUGUGUUGAGGGCAGUGGAGGCUCGUCACAGCAGGCAGAGCAGCCAGGCCUCCCAGGACUUCCCCACACCUCCAGGACCCCAGACCACUGCCACCUACCAGGACUCUGGCUACUCCACUGGCCCCUCUCCGAGCCUGAGGAGGAAGAGCCGGCGGAGGCUGGGGGCCGGAGGCCGGCCUGGCUCAGUGGGCAGCAGCGGAGAGCUGUGUGCCCUUAACGAGAGGCUGAUGGCGGAGAUGAGGGAGGUGGUGAGCCGCUCCAACACCAUGAGGGAGAUGAAGGCUGGAGGCCUGGGGGCAGAGAUUAGCGAGAGGGGCGCAGUGCCCCGGACACGUUCCCCCGUGGACUCCCUGCAGUGGUAUGGAGGAGGCGGAAGGUGUGCGUCACGAGAAGACGUCCCCUCCGCCAGCCGCUCGCUGAGCAGGGCGGGUAAUCAUGGCAACCCGGCCCUGCCACCCCUGGAGAUGCCUGGUAGGCAGAAGAGGACCUAUGAGAAGGUGGACACCUUGGAGAAGAGCAUCACCAGUCAGGCCGGCCUCUCCUCACCAGACACCCCCGGACCCCCCUCAGAGGUGGGGACCCUGGAACUGAAGGCUCAGUUGGACAGCAGGAAGAAAGGCAUGGUGGACGGACGAACAGGCUCACUGGGCCCCCAUCACCAACGCUCCGUCUCCCAUGACAACAUAGAGGGAGAAGGAAGAGGAGGAAUAGGAGGCUCCUACCACCAGCUCUCUUACGCCACCCUGCGCAAGCCCCCACCCCCAGACACCUCAGGCAUGGCGGACUGGGCCAGCAAGCACCUGAACAUGCACACCCAGGGCCUGUUCCGCCGCCGUGUCUCCAUCGCCAACAUGCUCUCCUGGAACCGCGGCUCCAUCAAGAAGCCCAUGCUGGUGACCAGCGACCGUGCCGUGAGGAAGGAGGCCUGUGAGAUGUUCAAGCUGGUCCAGGCCUACAUGGGAGACCGGCCCUCACGGCUGGACCGUCGCCACGCCGCCCUGCUCAUCGUCACCAAGUGCUGGGGCAUGCAGGGCCUGAGGGAUGAGCUGUAUGUGCAGCUGGUGAGGCAGACCACGGGCAACACCAGCCCUAGGAGCCUGGCUGCAGGCUGGGAGCUGAUGGCUGUCAGCCUGGCCUUCUUCGCCCCGUCUCCCAAGUUCCGCUGCUACCUGGAGGGAUACAUCCAGAGGCACACGGAUCCGAGCAGUGACAAGAAACGUGAGUCUCAGACUGAGCAACAGGUGGCUCAGUUCAUACUAGACCAGCAGGACAUGAAGCUGAAGAAGAACUCAAAGUCCAGAAAGAAACGGAAACAGAACACAGAUGAAGAAGGUCUGCCCAUCAGCACGUAUGCAAAGUUCUGCUAUCGCAAACUACAGAAAGUGGCCAUAACUGGAGGCAAAAAGGGUCUUCGUAAGCCAACUCUGGAGGAGAUUGACCACAGCAGACGGGCCAUCGUGACCCCCUCCCUGUUUGGCAGCACCUUGGACGAGGUGAUGGAGCGCCAGAGUGAACUCUUCCCAGACAGGAAGCUACCCUGGGUACAGGUGCAGCUCUCCCAAUAUGUCCUAGCACUGGGAGGGGCCCAGACUGAGGGCAUCUUCAGGGUGCCUGGAGAUAUCGAUGAAGUCAACGCAUUGAAACUCCAGGUCGACCAAUGGCGGAUCCCAGAAAACCUCUCAGACCCCAACGUACCUGCCUCCCUGAUGAAGCUGUGGUAUCGUGAGUUGGAGGAGCCUCUCAUCCCCAUGGCCUUCUACAAGCAGUGUGUCAGUAACUAUGACGACCCUGUGGCAGCCAUUACUGUUGUACAGUGUCUGCCUGAGCUCAACAGACUGGUGCUGUGCUACUUCAUCCACUUCCUGCAGGUGUUUGCUCAGCCUGCUAAUGUGUCUGUUACUAAGAUGGAUGUCAAUAACCUUGCCAUGGUGAUGGCCCCCAACUGCCUCCGCUGCCAGUCUGAUGACCCACGAAUCAUCUUUGAGAACACACGCAAGGAGAUGUCUUUCCUGCGCAUGCUCAUCGUUCACCUGGACACCAGUUUCAUUGAGGGCGUUGUGUAGACUGGCUCCCUUGACACAUGUGCCCCAGUGUCACUGAGAGAUUCACUCUGCUCUGCGAACCCCGCCCCACUCCAUUGACCUAUCACAAAACACACACACACUGGAAAUCAUACUGUAACAAUACCAGAGUUGAUCAUUUCUGUCUUCAAAGGCAGGGUCAUGAGAAGAUAAGAGAGAACCCAGGUGUCCCAUCACUGCGUACUGUACGUAACACUGUCACUUGACAUUGGACCCAUCCUCUGUCCUGCUUUCUGACUGCAGAACAAUACAUCUGUGUCGACUGCAUAGGUGACAUUGUGUGUGUUAUGUGAUGGAAACCCCACAAUUAUUGCACACAAAAAGACUACAAAUUACUUGGCAUCAUAGGGACCGCUUUUUAACCAGUUCAUUUUGAUGACUUUUUAACUGCAUGUAAAAUCAGAUUUUCCUCCUACAUUUAUAGCUGAAUGUGAAGUGCCAUUGUUUCGUUGCUGGAUAUGGGCUGUGGAGGAGGAGUCUCAUAUGGUUUGUACAGGAUGGACAUUGUCGUCAGGAAACAGACCCAGGGUCCCCUCCUUAUAUCUAUUUGGCCUCUUGUAUGUGUGUGUUUGAGUUCUAGAGACUCAGCCUCCAGUUCUUAUUUACAAAUUAGAACAAAUGUCUCAUUUAAAAAUAAGCUCGCCUGUGAUGUUUUUAGUAGUUGUAUCAACAAGACUGCAUCAGUCUCACUGCUAUGUUGGUGAUUUUAUCUGAAAAAAACUGUACCACCACAGCCAUUUUGAUAUAGAGCCACAGUCUGUAGUCUGACUACAGUAGAGCCACAGUCUGUAGUCUGACUACAGUAGAGCCACAGUCUGUAGUCUGACUACAGUAGAGCCACAGUCUGUAGUCUGACUACAGUAGAGCCACAGUCUGUAGUCUGACUACAGUAGAGCCACAGUCUGUAGUCUGACUACAGUAGAGCCACAGUCUGUAGUCUGACUACAGUAGAGCCACAGUCUGUAGUCUGACUACAGUAGAGCCACAGUCUGUAGUCUGACUACAGUAGAGCCACAGUCUGUAGUCUGACUACAGUAGAGCCACAGUCUGUAGUCUGACUACAGUAGAGCCACAGUCUGUAGUCUGACUACAGUAGAGCCACAGUCUGUAGUCUGACUACAGUAGAGCCACAGUCUGUAGUCUGACUACAGUAGAGCCACAGUCUGUAGUCUGACUACAGUAGAGCCACAGUCUGUAGUCUGACUACAGUAGAGCCACAGUCUGUAGUCUGACUACAGUAGAGCCACAGUCUGUAGUCUGACUACAGUAGAGCCACAGUCUGUAGUCUGACUACAGUAGAGCCACAGUCUGUAGUCUGACUACAGUAGAGCCACAGUCUGUAGUCUGACUACAGUAGAGCCACAGUCUGUAGUCUGACUACAGUAGAGCCACAGUCUGUAGUCUGACUACAGUAGAGCCACAGUCUGUAGUCUGACUACAGUAGAGCCACAGUCUGUAGUCCGACUACAGUAGAGCCACAGUCUGUAGUCCGACUACAGUAGAGCCACAGUCUGUAGUCCGACUACAGUAGAGCCACAGUCUGUAGUCCGACUACAGUCGAGCCACAGUCUGUAGUCCGACUACAGUCGAGCCACAGUCUGUAGUCCGACUACAGUCGAGCCACAGUCAGAGCGUACAUUUCAAAGUACAAACUGGAAGCAAUAAGACCAUGUGUUUUGGAGCUUGUGUAAAAUGCCCGUUUUAGUGGUCUCCUCAACAGUGUGUGUUGUGCAAUAACAACCCUCUGAUUUUUAACUGCCGAGGAAGGAUGUUAUGAAUGUAUUCUGGUACAUGUAUGUACUGUGUGUAUGGGAGAUCUAUUCAGCAGCAGGUAGCCUAGCAGUUAGAGCGUUGGGCCAGUAACCGGAAAGGUCGCUGGUUGGAAUGCCUGAGCUGACAAGGUGAAAAACCUGUUGACGUGCCAUUGAGCAAGGCACUUAAUCCUAAUUUGCUCCAGGGACGCCAUACUACUAUGGCUGACCCUGUAAAACACUUUUCACUGCAUUUAUCCAGUGUGUGACAAAAAUACAUGUUUUUUUGUUGUUGCAAUACACCAAUAUUGAAAGAGGCAUACACAAAUGUGUAAAGUAGUAGCACUAUCACUUCUUUUCGCCAUAGAUAUUUUGGCUCAGGUGUUCUGUUAAAACGGGUGUAGUGAUAACUGCUCUCUGCUUCCCUCGCUAAGUGAAAGUCUGAUUUUCACAUGCGUCCAAACUAUGAUGUUGAUAAGACUCCCUGGAAGCGUUGCUGUGUAAAUAGUAAGCUCUCUGGCUGUAUUUUCAAAUGAUCCGUGAUAAAGAUGAACCUUCCUGAUUUUGUAAUUACUCCUAAUUUCCCUCCUGCAAGCCAGCCUUUGAAAAUAGUAGAUUCAACCACUCAUUGUUUGUGUGUAUUAUGUGAACAUACCCUCUGUUAUUCUAUGAAAUGAUUGUUCGAGAAAAAUAAAGGUUUGUUUAAUUGCA